AUGCCCCGCAUCGGCCCUGACAUCAAUCUGGGGCUCUGCUCCGAGCCCUCAACGACCGACGCGAGUGCUGCAGCGGCAGCCUUGAAGCGAUUGCAGCCCACGUCAAUGGACGUCUUGCAAUGCCUUGUCUCGAACGUCGUCACGUGCUCGAUUGCGCUGCUCUCGCUCGUGACACUGUUUGUCUUUCUCACUCAAGUGCGCGUCUUGAUCCUAUCGGUCGGCAUGUUUCAGCGGGCGAUUGUCUCCAAGAACGUGCAGACCGCCGACCAGUUUUGGGCGCCGUACGGCAAGAGCUGCGUCGUCGACAAGGAAGGAUUCGUGGCACACAGCUGCUCGGCAGACGUGCAGAACACGACGCAAGCCAACGCGUGGACUGCCAUUGGGCUCGUGCUCGCCCACCAGUGGGCCGCCGAGCUCACCAAAGCGCGCGUGCUGUAUGUGACGACGUGUAUCAUCGGAGCCACGCCAAGUGUGGGCUGGGGCGAUCUCCAAUUCAUUGCAGGCUACGACGGCUAUCCCGACUGCCUUCCUAGCGACGGCGCCCAGAGCAUUGCAGGCAUGGCCAUGCUGGAAACCACGGUCCGCGAUACCCACCCCGAAGGCCUCUAUUUUUUGACGCUUUACUCGGAUUUGAACCCGACCAUGCAGAACGUACUGACGUACGUCAACACGGAUGGCACGACGGCGCGGCUUUUGAGCAACCCGCUGCGGACGCUGGUGACGCUCCAGGGCCAGACCAUCGCCGAUGCGAUUGGACAAAAUUACAUGAUCCAUUCGUACCCGUUAGGUCCUCGCUACCAAGUAACAGUCUCGUGCCACACGGAAAUGGAAGAGCUGAGUGCCUUCACGUCGUCGUUACGAGGCUGGAGCCAAGGCAAAUACUCCCAACAGCCCGUUGCACCGGGCUGGACGUGUGGCCACGCGGUGCAGAACGCACCCGAGCUCAUCGUCCUGCAGCUCGUCGCAUUCGUCGCGGCUUGUCUCCUGCUCAGCGGCGACAUCUACCUCACCUGCUACGGUCUGCAACAUGUCUACCACGCGAAGCCUGUCACGAUGACAUACCGUAUCCUCGAUGGUUUGGAGCGGCGCAAAUGCCUGACCCUUGUCAUUGUCCUCAAUGCGCUUCCAUCGCUCUUGUACUUGGACGUGGCGCGCAUCUACUACUUUACGCAAAAUGGCUAUUUAGUCUGGAGCCUCGCGGUGGCGAUGCUAGCCGUCUUUGCCUCGUUCGCCGUCGUACUCGUGCUCAGGCAAGUUCUUCCGGUGCCGGCGAGGUGCCACACGGCGUGUCUCCAAUAUAAUGCGACGCUCUUCGUCUACACGUCGCUCACUACGAUCUUCCUGGCGUGCGCCGGAACUCAGUCGCUCUUCGAAACCACGUACAACGCCUUCUUUGCCGCCGAGCCUACCUUGGGAUUGUGGCUGCGCAACGCGACGUGGCCAAGUGGCGCCUACGUAGCACAAGGCACAUCCGUCGUGUUUACGUGGCUCCAGAUCCACCUUUGCGCGGCGCUUUCGGCGGCACUCGCUUUAUCUCUCCUCACGACGCUGUUCGAGCGCCUCUAUCGUCGUCAGAGUUUCUUGCUUCGCACGGACUGGUGCCUCCAAAACAGCUUUCUGGUGGUCGCGAAUCCACCGACGCUCUUGACGGCAUUACCGCUCGACGAACAUGCCACCAUACGCGUGCACCAGCACGUAGCUUGUCUCCCGUGUGUAUUGACACAGCUGGGGUAUGUCACGGUGACGCGUCGCACUGCAUCCGACACAACGACCGGCCCCGUCCUUCCCAAGCCGCCAAAGACGUUUUUCGUCAUUAGCAUUUACGCGCUCGUACCCGCCUUGUUGUGCCCACGUCUCUUUUGGUUCCCGCCCCGGACGUAUGGUCACGUUGUGGACGGCAAAUUCAUCGCGACCCCCGACGCGUACCUGGAUCGACAAGCGCGUUACGAGUACAAGCAUGUCACUCACGUUCACUAA